CAACGUGAAGCACGUCUAGGACGGUGACAAGAUGCUUCAGGACGCGGGGAACACCAAACCAAGAGAACAAAAUGAAGAGGACACAGCCACAUCAAGUGGAACAGUUCAGCUGCAAGUAGUCGAGCUCUCGGACGAAGACACCUCGACCUCCUCUUCGGACUCAGAGGAUCAAAUCUUUGUAGGACAAGCUGCCAGUACGAAAUCGUCCGUCGAAAAACUCCCGGAGUCAAAGCCGCCAGCCCCACAAACCCCACAGACGAAGGUUCUGUUUCUCGAUGGGCUUCGUGGACUUGCAGCCAUGAUGGUAGUAGUACAGCACUCGCGUGAGUUCGUCCCGUCCCUCCAUCUCGGAUCAGCCGCUGUGGACGUGUUCUUCAUUCUGUCGUCGUUCCUGCUCACUUGGUUGUUCAUGAAGAAGAGCAUGAAGCUGCUCGCACAAGGUGCUAGUGUCCGAACGUGGGUAUUCGCACUCCUGGACUACUUCCAGAAGCGGUUCUUCCGAGUUUAUCCGCUGUUCGCAGUGACUGCUAUCGUUCUUCAUUUUCUAUCAUUUGAGAACCAGCGUCGCUACUUUAUCGUAAAAAAACCCAACCAGGUCCAACUGUACGAGACACUGACGUUUGAAUACGAACAUCGCUAUCACGUGUUCUGGACGUUACCGCUGGAGAUCGAGUACUACUUUAUCAUCCCAGUAUUUGUGCUGAUUGUACUACGAAUGCGUCGAUACUGGUGGGUUGGAGCAGUCCCUCUAUUCGUGUGGAUCGUACACGAAGGUUGGACGCUGGUUCGGAACAGCCACACGCCACUAAGUCUCCACCUUCACACGUUCAUGCUUGGAUCGCUGGCUGCUGUAAUCUUUGUGAAGAUCGACUUGUGGAUUAAGAAAACGGGAUUCACGUUCCACUUGUGGCACACGGUGCUUCUUCGAGCCGUAGAGUAUUUACUCAUCGCGCUGAUGUUGAGCGUCUUAUUUCGAGGCCUUUUAUUCGACUGGGUCAUGGCAAAUCCGGCGGCUCCACCCGAAGGAUUCCCGUUUAUCAGCGUGUAUGUGGCGUCGAUUAUAGUGAUCGAGAUCCUUCAACCGUCCUGUGUGUCUACGAUGUUUGAGUGGAGUGUGUUGCGAUUCUGGGGCAAGAUCAGCUUCUCUAUCUAUCUGCUGCAUACUUUUGUGAUAAAAUAUCCUGCGAUCAGCCACCAGCCCAAUUAUUUCAACCGCUUCUUCGCGCGGUUGUUCCUGGUUAUUGCACUUGCAACAGCGUCAUAUUAUACUAUCGAGUAUCCGUCCCAGUUGAUGGCGCAAAGGAUCUCUCGCUUUCUUGCUGCUCAAGAGAAGAAGAGCUCAGGUGGUUUGGGGAAGUUCGCAUGUAUGGAGAAGAUCAACAUGAGAAUGCAAAGUACUACUGUUGAGACGAAGUAAAAAGAUUUAAACGGAAAUAAUAUAAUAUAUUAGCAA